GAUACAGUCCCGGAAAACUCGGUUGCAUUGUACUUUUGCAAAAUAUGUCACUUGCCCGAGACUCGUCUCCCUACGCGUUAUGUAAAAGUUUGGACGGGGUUCAACGUGUGUUUCUCGCCGUAAAUUCUGGAGUGACUGGAGUAAAUUAUCGCUGUGCUCUGAAUACAAUAUUAACAUUUCAAAACUCAAGGAUGAUACCUUGGCUAUGUGUUUCUAACACCUGCAGUUCGCUUCUUGAUGCAUGCCUGGAUAUGAAUAUUACUGUAUGUUAUCUCGAAACUUGAGAUAUCUGACAUGUCAAAGAUAUCGAACAUUGUAAAACGGUUAUUUAAAGUCUAAGCAUAUGUCGUAAUACGUAUCCCGUAAACUCUGUGUUAAUCUCUGCAAUGUGACAUGCAGCUGUGCAAAUUUAUUCUUGGAUGGAUGAAGAUGUUUCUUAUCUGAUAUGACUCUCUCUGUACAUACCACACCCUGUAAUUGCUCAAGGAAUCAUCUGAUGUCUAUGAACGAUGACCUGUAUGCUGUUAAACGACAUUGAGGUGAACACGCUGUGAUGGGGUGGACGAUAUCCACCGCAGCAUGGAUUGUCAUAUGGGGCUGCCUGCUGCCGGGCUUCUAUUUAGCUCCGCAGGCAUCUCCAAAGCAAGUGCCGUGCGAUAAGACGAGAAAGGUCUUCACGGACUCGUGGGGAAUCAUCAGCGAUGGACCCACGGGCUCGAAUUACACUCAAGAUUCUCACUGCGAGUGGCUCAUCAAAGCUAACCAUAGCCGCCAAUUUAUUACAUUAAGCUUUCGAACGAUGGGCACAGAAUGUAGUUAUGACUAUGUGUUUGUUUAUGAUGGGGAUUCCUUUCGCUCACCGCUUCUGGGUAGUUUUAGUGGCAAAACGGAGCCGCAGCAAGUGACGUCAUCAUCUGGUUAUAUGUUGAUAUUAUUAUAUAGUGACACAAAUUACGUCCUAGAUGGUUUUCAUGCAGAAUUUUCGGUCACGGAUUGUCCGAACAAUUGUACUCAUCAUGGAAAGUGCAUUAACAAUACGUGCUUCUGCGAAAACGAUUGGGGAGGUAAAGAUUGUUCCCGAGCUCUCUGUCCAAACAAUUGCAGUCACGCCGGUGUUUGUGGGAUAAAAAGAUGCAAAUGCAACAAUGGAUACUCUGGACAAUCUUGUUCUUUGCAUAAAACACAUCCAGAAGGAAAUCGGUGGCAUUGGCUUUCACAUUCGGAAGGUGGACUAAGAUCGCGCGCAGCUCAUACCGCGACUUAUGUUCAGGAAACAGACUCACUUUAUGUUUUCGGCGGUUAUGAUCUCAAUUAUAUACUCAGUGACUUGGAAGUAUACAGGUUUAGCACAAGUCAGUGGGAAGACGAAUACGGAAGUGUAUUAGAAGGUGCUGCAUCUGCCGAAUAUCUAGAUCCUACAUUGAUCGCUACCGAAUUACAACGCAAUCCUGGUGCCAAAGAGAUAUACGGCCUACCGACGUCAUCUUUAUUCUGGAAGGUGCUUUCAAGCAUCAAAGAUAACAAUACGUUUGGCCUGCUCGAUCGGACUGCUGACGGCGGUCAGCACGGCUCGCGAGAGUUCAGAAAUAUGCCUAAGGAUAAGGAAAAUGAGAAAAGCAGAAGUACCAUUAGGAUCGAUAGGAACGACGAUCCCAGAAGAAAGCAUCCGCGAAAUAUAAGACCGCAUUAUUCGCAAAUGUCAACAAGAAGAUAUCGCAGAAAUUUGGAAAACUUACACAGAGAACGUGACGCAACGGAUAUGCAGAACGAUGACAUGAAAUGGGAAGAGCAAAUCGUGGCGGGAUCUUCGGAAGAUAAUAUUUUCAUGUCAGAGUUUACGGAUCCGAAAUUAACCACGAGUGAUUCGCUGAAGGAGGAAGUUACAGAGCCAACCAUUGACGAAUUACCCAAGCCGAGUCCUCGAUAUGGUCACGCUGCGUGUAAAUACCAAGAUGGCUUUGUGGUCUAUGGAGGAAAGGUGCAAGACGGUUCUCUAUCGAACGAGCUGUGGCAUUACAAUGUGAAGAAACGCAUGUGGACUUUACGAGCUAAAAACUCCCCUUUCUACCCACCCAGACUGACAAGGCACACUCUAUCUUUGGCAGGCGACUAUAUCUAUCUGUUCGGAGGUAGUACCGUUGAUGGAGAGUUCUCGUCCAGCCUUUAUAAGAUCAAGUUGCGUUUAGAGGAUCCUACGGCAAUUAAUGAGAGGUGGAUAGAAGUGCGACCUCGAGGCGGUAAGGAACUUGAUGUACGCGUGGUAGCGCAUUCGACUGUAUAUCAUCGUGCUACCAAUUCUCUCCUGGUGUACGGCGGCGUGGUCGCCAGCGUUGCCCGUUUCAGUAAAUUGUCGGAUCGAAUGUUCGUCUUUCAACUGGACAGAAAGGUCUGGUCCGAGAUCCAUUAUCCGAGAGCGCACUUGCGAGACACGUACGUGCCGAGAGAACGCGCGUUUCACACAUGUAAUAUCAUAGGAAAUUAUCUGGUGGUAUUCGGUGGAUAUUCUCAUAGACAUAACAAGGAGGAGAUCUGUUACGAUAACCAGAUGUAUCUUUAUCAUCUUGGUUGUCAUGCUUGGGUGAGCCACGAUGUGUUGGGCUUAAACGAUAAAGAUUCUCGUUAUCCUAAGCAACAGGGUGUAUUCGCUCAUGCGGCAGAUGUACGUAACGGAAAUACCUUGCUACUCGUUGGUGGGUAUCAUGGCAAUGUAAAUGCAGAUCUUCUCGCAUAUACUUUGCCGCCCAUGUUAGCACCGGGAGACGAGGAUUACGUCGAGCCAGAGCAAAUUUGUUCGAGACACAAGAGCCUAAUGGAGUGCGCGGCAAAUCCCGAAUGUGGCUGGUGUUCUGCGGAUGAGAUAUGCUACGGUCGGACGAUAGGUAGCAAUUGCACGACGAAUUUACAGACAACGCGUUGUCCGGGAGUCUGUCCUGCCUUAGGCGACUGUCACUCUUGUCUGAUACACGGACAGCCCGGUGGCGGUUGGGGCACGAAUUUCCGCGGUAAGAAGUCCGUCUCAAAUAAACUAAAUUUGGGCACGUGCACAUGGUGUGUCCAAAACGCUCGCUGUCAUCACAAAGAUGACAAUUACGGGGUAUGCGGCCUGCGGGACGACACGCCGUCGCAGAUACCGGGCUGGUGGGGUUCGAAAGGCACGGAAAUUAUCAAGGUCGAAGAGUGUCGAGAGAUGGACAAGAGACCGGGUUUGACUUUUCUCAAGUACAAGCCACCAGUGAACUUCAGCCAGCCCGAUUCAGUCGCCAUAGUGAACGCGACUACGGUCGACUUCAACGUACCAUCCAUGCAAGGCGCGAAGACGGAAUCGGCGCUGGGCGGCGAGAUGAUCGCCAGGCUAACCGGCUUUCUUAGACCGCCAAAUUACCUUUGGGACAGUGCGGCAGAGCAUCUGAAGAUCUGCGUCAGUUAUAACAGUGCGACACUUCACGUAUCGCGAGACGAUAAUCCUAAUAAGCUGGAACUGGUCGCUAAUCUAACCGCGGAGACAUCGCAAUGUAUACCGACGAAAUGGGCAGAUAGUGGAUAUCCGAUGGAGCUGCAGGCGGGCCGUUAUCUGUUGGACUUCGAGUCGAAAAGAAUGGUGACCGCGAGCUACGCUUAUGCGAGUAAAAUGGAAAUUACGCAUAACAAGAAGAUGGAGAAUCCGAAAGUCUUCACUUUCGAGUAUCUAGAACCGUAUCAGAACGGUUCGUGCCAUCAGUACGGGAACUGCCUGCACUGCUUGACUGAUUCCUCGUGUGGUUGGUGUGACAUUACCAAUCAAUGCCUAUCGCGCUCCACCAACGAGACAGAAAGCUGCGCGGUAGACGUGGACUGGGAUGAGGAGCGCGGCGAGACGAUACGCGAGUGGCAUUACUUGACGAUUACACCAUCGGCGUGCGCUAACUGCUCCAACUACAUCUCCUGUGAGUCCUGUGUGGGCACCAACUUGUGCGAAUGGUGGACAGAGGAGGCGAGGUGCGCACGAAUCGGUCGACUACCCGAUGCCGUGGUGAGUUUGGAUCAGUGUCCAAUCCCGUGCCGACAACGCUCCAAUUGCACGCAGUGCCUGGACGAGCGCGGUAGAUGCGUGUGGUGCGAGGCCACGCGGGAAUGCUUCUCGUUCUCCGUGUAUACGUCGGAGUACCAGUUUGGCCUAUGUCGAGAGUGGAUGGACCAGGCGGGCCUGAUGGGCGUCACGUCGCGCAGCGGCUCAUCGCUCACCGGCAACGAUCAGUGCAAGAGCUGCAGCCGGCACUCCAACUGCUCCAGUUGUCUGCAUUCGCUCAGCUGCGGCUGGUGCUACAGCCUGGAGAAUCCCAUCACCGGCAUGUGCGUCCAGGGCGAUUUCAAUCAGGCUCACGUCAACUGCAGCGCGGUCAUCAACGAGUACCGGAAUAGCAGUCUAAGGGCCGACGAGUCUGGCUGGGCGUACGCGCAGUGUCCGGAUGUAGAUGAGUGCGAUCUCGGCUUGCACGACUGCCAUCCCGAUGCGCUUUGCACUAAUACCCACGGCAGCUUUAGCUGUCAGUGCAAGCGCGGUUUUAACGGCGACGGCAAAGAGAAUUGUACCAAGACCUGUUAUGAGAGGUGCGUCAAUGGUUAUUGCAGCGAGGCUCCGGAUUACAAGUGUGAGUGCAACCUGGGCUGGACCGGACCAGAUUGUCGGACCAACUGCGGCUGUUACAACCAUUCCACGUGCCUGCAGGGACCAGGCAUCUGCGACGAAUGUCAAGACUGGACGACUGGACGCUACUGCGAAGAAUGUAAGGCAGGAAGUUACGGGAACGCGACCACGCCAUUGGGCUGUCGCGAAUGCAACUGCAACGGGCACGGCGAUGUGGAGCUCGACGUUUGCGAUCGACAAACCGGCAUGUGUUUCUGCCGCGAUAACACCGAGGGCGAUAAGUGCCAGCGUUGCAAACGGGGCUACUACGGAGAUCCGCGAGACGGCGGAAUGUGCUACUAUGGCUGCAUGUCUCGGGGUAUGUUGGGUGGCGAGGGAAAUGGGAAACAGGGCCUUGGUAGCCGACACUCCCAAUCUUCGCUCUGGGACAAUUAUAUGGGCGACUCGCCGACGAGAGAGUGCCUGUGGAUUGUCAGUCCCGAGACGGCUCUCUCUUUGGAUGCGACACCAACGAUUCAGAGCGUGAUACAAUUCACUAUCCACGAUGACAUCAAUGUAAGUUGCCAGGAGAACAGCGUGUACGUGUAUGACGGUCUGCCCGAGUUCGUCUCAUCUACCGGUGGUCAUCAGAGCCAAUUAUUGGGCGUGUAUUGCACGGAGAGCACCAACUAUCCAGUGACGGUGGAGGCGAAAUCCGGGUUUCUAACAGUGCACUAUAAGCAGCUGGACGAAGUGGAGGGUUUUAAUGCGAGCUACGUGAUAAUGACGUGCAACAACUGCCCGGGGAACCGCGAGUGCCGCAACGGUAACUGUCUCUGCAAAUCCGGUUACGUCGGCAUCAACUGCGACGUGGAGAUCUGUCCGAAUAACUGCACUGCUUCUGAGAAACGUGGCGUUUGCGACAAGGGCUAUGGCCGUUGCGUUUGCGUGCCAGGCUACGGCGGUCGCGACUGCUCAAUCCAGCUCAAAAACUAUCAACUAAUAUUUACGGAACUCUUCAAUUCAGAAUAUUUGGCCGAUCAUCUGGAUCACUUGAGGAAGACGUUGCCGCGCUUCGGACACAGCCUAGUGGCCGAUCGGCGCGGCAGUCUGUGGAUGUUCGGCGGUUACUCGCUCAGUCACGGACCUCUGAACGACAUCAGACUCUUCGACACAAAGAACAACACGUGGAUGCCAGUGACAGUGGAAUCUACGUCGGAGGCGUCCAUGCCGCAGGGCCGGUACUUUCACGCCGCCGAAAUUGUUCACAGUAGGCAACAGAUCUACGUCUACGGUGGCCUAUCAAUGAAGGACGAGGACGUACAAGGACUGUCGAACAAUACCCUCAACGACUUUUGGAAAUUUAGUUUGCAGAACCAGCGAUGGAGCCAAAUUGUGCAGGACGAGUCAAAGAAGGAGCCACUGCCUUUAGCCGGUCACACAUUGACCUUGCGUAGAGACGGAGAAUCGGAGAGCCUGAUUCUGAUCGGUGGUUUCAGUCCUAAGUACGGAUACCUAGACACUGUCUGGGAGUUCAAUCUGGAGACUGAGACCUGGGACACAGUGAACACUACAGGGAACGGACCCCUAGGUGUUUACGGCCAUUCCACGGUAUAUCAUAGUAAGUCCGAUAGCUUCUACGUCUUCGGUGGCUACACUUAUGCGAUAAAUAGAACGUUUAUUUCGAACAAAUUGUACGCCUUGAAGUAUAAGACACGAACGUGGUCUGUACUGCCACCCUUUGAGGACUUCACCGAUGGCAGCAGUUUACCUCAAGCUAGAUUCCUUCAUUCCGCGGUCACGACGGACGAAUACAUGGUGAUAUUUGGCGGUCGGCAGAAUCCUCACAACACAUCGGACUCGCUAAUAGCGUACAAAUACUCGUGCAAUAUGUGGAUAAGUUUAAUAACGAAAGACAUGGAGACGAUCGGCAGGCCGCCCCCGCCUGCGUACGCCCACGCGAUGACUCAUGCCGAUCCGGAGUCGAACGCCGUUUACGUUGUUGGCGGCUUCGACGGUGGUAUCAAGAGUCACGUCACGUUGAUCAACAUACCGGAGGAUCUAUGCAAUCUGUGGAAGGAUAAGAACACGUGCAGAAAAUAUUUCGGUUGCUCGUUCUGCGCCGUCACCACUCUCAACGGCACCAACACCUCCCUCUGUUUCUCGAACGAGGUGUCGAGCAACCGAGGCGACAAGUGUGACAUCAACGUGACUCAGGCGCAACGAUCAAACGGGAUGUCCUGCAACUCGAUGUGGACGAACAGGACUUGCGAUAACUUCAGGACCUGCACGGAGUGUCUUGCGAAGUGGCCGUAUUACGAAGAGCACGACCCGGUUUGUAAGUGGUGCACCAACUGUCCGCACGGCAUGGGCAAGUGCAUCUCGACGAAAAGCGACUGCGACGAGCAGCAGAAGUCGAACAAAUGCAGUUCAUCGGUGACCACCGUGAGUCAGUGUGGAGAACGACUGUGCCCGGCGAGCGACUGCGAGAAAUGCAACAGCCUGGACAAAUGCGUUUGGACGAGGCAGGUUCUGAAAACCAACGAAUUGGGACUGAAGCUAACGAGCGAGCCGGUCUACGACUGGAACUGCGUGCUGCUCGAAAUCUUCGAGCGGUCCAGCAUCAAGCUGAGCAGCGCGCAGUGCGAGAAGAGGUGCUCCGAGCACGAGGACUGCAGAAGCUGCCUGAAGGGUACCGGGGCCGAAGGUGGAUGGAGCGAGUGUCGGUGGUCUACGCAAUUGAACGAGUGCAUCUCCCCAUCGUACCAGCCACUUUACUGCGCCGGCGGAGUUUGCGGCUUGGUGCUGCGUAGCCCGGACAUGGACCACUGCCCGGAGCCGUGCUCGGUGUUCAAGCAGUGCAGCACCUGCCUGAAGCACUCGCAUUGCGGCUGGUGUUCCUUGGACUCUGCCAAUAUAACCGGUCAAGGAAUAUGCACGGAGGGAUCGCUCGAGGCACCGGCGGACCAUCCGGCCGGCGGUACUUGCGAGAUGCUUUAUCGUCAACACUUCCCGGAGGUCGAGGCGCCGCCGAUCACCACGACGUUGCAUCCGUAUCACGUGGACUCUCUAGAGGCGCAGGACAACGUUACGAUGUCGUUGCUCAACGCGAUGCCAAAACCGGAAUUCUCCUGGCACUACGUCCGCUGUCCACCGGAGAACGAGUGCGAGAAUGGGCAUCAUACGUGUUCGCCGAAGAGCGAGAAGUGUUUCGACCUGGAGGAGGGCUUCGAGUGCAAAUGCGGGGACGGAUACAAGACUGAGACCACCUGGGGGAACGACUUCGGUAAGAAGAUCUGCGUGCCCAUGUGCACGCAGGGUUGCGUGAGGGGCACGUGCGUGAAGCCCGAUCUCUGCCGCUGUGACUUCGGCUACGUCGGCUCGAACUGCUCCAUUCAAUGCCAGUGCAACGGGCACAGCGAUUGCGCCGGCCCGGACAAGCUCGACAAUUGUACGAUGUGUCACAACAACACGAUGGGGAAGCAAUGCGAGAAGUGCCAGCCUCUGUACGUCGGCAAUCCCGCGGACAACGGUCAGUGCGUGCCGUGUCUCGAGUACUGCAACGGCCACACUCGGAUUUGCAUCAACGACAGCAUGACCGUGCCCGAUCCGGACUCGCUGAAAAAGAUGCCGACGGAGAAGCUGAACAAGCAGCUGGGGGAGGGACCGGUGGCGAAAGCGAAGUGCAUCGAUUGCGGGAACAACACGAGGGGCGACAAGUGCGGCGAAUGCAUGACCGGCUACUUCCGCGGGACGGAGGACCUUCGCGACGUGUGUCGGUCUUGCGAGUGCCACGGCCACGGCUUCACGUGCGAUCCCGUGACCGGCGAGAAGUGCAAUUGCGGCAACAACACCGAGAGCGAGCCGUCCUGCAUCAGCGGCCCCGUGAAGGGCACGAACACGGGCGUCGCGCCGUGCUGGAUGGUGCAAUGCAGCAAGUGCAGGGAGAAUUACGCCGGCACCCCGACGAUGGGUCACCAGUGCUACAAGACCGUCACGGUCGACAAUAAAAUGUGCUUCGACUCGAAAUUAAUAGGAAAUGGAGGAAAUAUCGACGAGUGCAAGUUGAAACCGAAGCCCCUAAACCCUGGCCAAACCGUCUUCUACAUGGUGCAACCGCGAUUCAUGAACGUGGACAUCAGAGUGACGGUGGAUGUCACCCAAGGUGCAUUGGAUCUGUUCUUGAGUCCUCGGGAUGAUUCCUUCGUCGUCACUUUGAACUCAUCGACUGGAUAUCAAGAUGUUGAGCUAGAUAACAGAUUCAGAUUGCGGCCUGAUCAGCCCACCAACAGAUUCCAGAUUGUUGAGUUUCAUCCUCACUUUGGAGCAAUUAACGGUACCACUACAGAGCCGACUCGGUGGAAUACCGGGCCGCAGUAUUUCGUGAUGGAGCGCUGGCUCGAAGAUGACCUGGCCAGCUUUCUGACGAUCGAGAGGCGAAACACCUUCCUGGUGAUCCGUAAUCUGACGAAUCGACUGGUACUGACGUUGCCGCAGGAUAAGCACGAGCUGGGCCAGACCAAGUUUCACAUCGCGCUACGAGCGAUCGACCCGGCGAAUCCGGAGAUGAACGGCCGCGCCGCUUACGGGAUGAUCUUUUUCCGUCAGGAUCAACUGCACAUCGAUCUGUUCGUCUUCUUCUCGUGCUUCUUCUCCUGCUUCUUCCUAUUCCUAGCGGUGUGCGUAGUCGCCUGGAAGGCGAAGCAGACGGCGGACUUACGCCGUGCCCGACGUCGUCACGUCGUGGAGAUGCUGCACAUGGCGAAACGACCGUUUGCCUCCGCGACAAUACUCUACGACCGGGACGGCGGCGAGUGUAGCCCGAGCUCGCCGCAACGUAAGGGCAGACGGGGCAAGCACGUGAGCUUUCACAGCGACGUGAGACCGGUGGCUGUCGAGCCCACCGACGACGGCGUCGCGGCGGUGGCGACGGUGUUCAUCAGGCUACCCGGCGGCCGCCAAGCACCCGUCAAACUGGCCCUGGGCAGCUCGCUCAUACUCUUGACCAGAGUCUACCCGGUCAACAGCAGAGUGUUUUUAAGACGUAGAAACAGUCACGCGACGAACUGAACCCACGUUACAGUGGAAUCUCGACUUUCGAGUUCCACAUCUCGGGCACCGAUAUUAUUGAACUCUUCUCGAACAUCGAUAAGAGUCACCGACGUUUGAGCAAUCUGCUACGGAUUGCAGCUUGUAAUAGAAUUUGGGUAUAAUGGACCUGGAAAAUUAAUAUAUAGAUUUAACUGGCAGCCUCUUUUUUGAGACAGUUUUAACACGAUAAAGAUAAUGGACGAGAUGAACUCAGGAUAUAACGUGAAUUUUAACAAAAUACGUAUUUUACUAUCGGAACAUCUUACAUACCGCUUAUAAUUUUAUCUUUCCCUUUAGAAAACUGUUCUUUUUUUAUUGAUCUCACACAUUGAUUGGCACUAAAGACAGUAACAAGUUAAAUCUAUAGAACGCAGGCAUAUAAAAUAAAUAUUAAUUAACUGUAAUAUUCCGCCGAAUUUUAUUACGAAUAUUAGAUUCAUGGAUCCGGGGACUGUCGGAGAAAAAACUUUUCAGAAUCAUGGAUAGAAUCCAGUAUAUCUAACAUAUAAAAAAUCAUGCCAUUAAAAUUAUUCUAGGGGCCUUGUACAAUUAGGAUUCAAAUUAGAAUACAUUCUGUAAUUAAGAUUCAGAAAAGCAUGUACUAAAAAAUUCGAGUUUUUCUACAUUCUAAGAAUUUGCAAGCAAUGAUCGGCGGAUCCAAGGAUCUUAUAUCGUAUGGUGCGAGCCACUAGACGCUUCAAACGCUUCAGGGAGUCAUUUUGUCCUUGUUUAACAUUUGACAAACAACAAGGAUGAAAUGUUUCCAAGUGCGUUUGGAACACCAAGUGGAUCACACCCAUAGAUCUGUAAAUCAAGCAAUUAUUGUUUUUUUCUAACUAGAGAUUUAAUAUUGUACAAGUAGUUAUACAAGAGAGGGUCAAUCGUAAGUUUAUUUAAUCUAAAUAUAAUAUAUAUUGUCGUAUACCAUUCCAUGACGAGACUGUACGUUUGUAUAUACAACAAUCUGUAAUUAUGUAUUAAUUCGUACUUUAUACAUUUUUGUAGAAACAUUUUACGAAGCGUGGCUUCGCGUCAUGGAACAUUCGUGACCAUUCUCGGAAGCAGGUGAAAUCGAUUUCGCGCGAUUCGUAUCGGUUGAACGAACAGUAUUAGAAUUGUUGAUUAGAGAUGGAGCUCAACAAUGCGUGCGUUAACAAGGUUCCUAUGCCAAAUUCAUUUAGGAUGGAUACGUGUUGAGCGUCCUAAUAUAAUAAUAAUAUAUUAUUUAUCGUAAGCGGGUGAAGGAAGAAGGCGGAAAGUUUUAUUUGGGAAAGAAAUGUACAUAUACACAUGAAAGUUGCGAAUGCGUGUUGUAAACUUUUAUACUAACUGGCGUCGUAUGCGUACUGGUUGAAAAACACUUAUGCUCGAUAGGCGAUUUUUUUAAUCAGAGAUAACGAUUACGUAUUAGUCGAAACGUAUAAGUAAUGUGAAUGUCGUUAAAUAUUGACGAUAUUGACAUUGAUGCUUAAUAAUUAUUGUUAGAAACAUAAAAAUGGGAUAAUGCAGGGAUGGCGUUUUGUUUGAAAUUUAAGAGCGAAGUAAAGCCGAUGAAUUAGGCAAAUUUUACAAAAAACGAAUACAAAAAUAGAAUUUUGUUUUUACAAAUUUACAUGAAAGAUUGAAUUUGUGUGUGUGUGUGUGAGAGUAUCUAUGGAUAAAAGAAAUUUAAAUUUGUGAAAUUAAGGAUUUGUAGAUCCAUAUAAACGAUAGAGAAAUAGAAUAAAUGGUACGUAACACCAAGAACCUGUGGAAUUGAAAAUUUGCGAUCUGAAAAAAAUCUAGGUACUUCGCGGUUACAUAUCACAAGAUUUAAAUCCAUCUUAUAUACGGUAAUAUCACAUUAUUAUAUAAUAUCAUAGUAUUAUAAUUGUAUAACAAAUAUGCAAUAUUUCGUGCUUGAGGAAUUCUUGCAAUGAGCCAUCUCUUCGUUAUCCCAUUUAUGUGUUUUGUUCAUUUCUGAACUAGGAAUAACGUAACGGUACUGAGUAACGAAAUGAGAACUUAAAGGCCUCUUUUAUGUGCAUGCCGUUUUCUUGUUGUAUAUCGCAUAAACGAGGCACGCGUAAGCAAGGGCUUCGGUAUCCUGUGUAUGCCAUCAAAUGGCUGAAAAAAUACACGAGUGCUCCUCGACCAGGAAACAACAUUCGUUGAUUAAUUAUUAAGCGAACACAUCGACGAUACGACGCGACCAAUUUGUUGAAUCUCAGUCUUUUCUUGUCACAAAAGUCAUUACGCGCAACGCAAACGGGGACUCUUUGUUAUGUCACAAUACCCCUUAGGUGCAGCUACCUGUUUGUCGCAGUUCCUCUCUCUCUUUCUCUCUGUUUUCUACGAUACAUGUCUAGAUCCGAAAAUCCACUGAAUACAACCUUUGCGACAAAAUAAGAGGAACGAUCUUUAAAAUUAAGAAGUCACGGAAAUGUAAAAACCUGAAACUAGGAUCAAUGGCUAAAAUUUGUAGCUCGAGAAAUGCCAUGUUUUAAAUUGAAAAUUAUGAAAUUAUAAAUAGAUGCUCAAGAAUCUGUGGAGUCGAUAAAAUCGAAAUUUAUGGAUUCUAAAAUUUGUAUAGAAAUCGCUUCACACAAGCAGUAAAAAGUUCGCAAAGAGUUGAGUAAAUUCAUAAUAUCGGAUGUUCAUGGAAGCGAUAAAUUUUAAAGAUCCAUCAAAACUUCCGGGCGAAUGAGACCGCCUGUGGAUAUUCAGCGAUCUAAGAUCUGGCAAUGCGCAUUGAUCCUUCGGUUUUCAAUAUCAUCUGUAGAUCCUUCGAAGUUACAUAAACGUUGAGAUUUAAAGUUUCUCUCCAAAACUUUUGUAAAUUUCGAGGAUCUCCCAACCUGUGUACCGGUUGUUGCACCAACAUACAGGUCAGCAUGACAAGUCACCCUGUACAUUCUAAGGACCUACAUAAAGUCGAAGAGAUUGUUGGAAGGAGGAUUGAAAUUAAUUCGACAUUCGCGUAAAAUCGCAAAAGAUUAUUAAUUAAUUCUCGUUUGUUCAUUUGUACGAGCGAUCGCGCUGUCCUAAAUACUCAUCCGCGUGGUGCCGUGUAAAGCAUGUAAACUCGACUAAGUACACAGAAUCGACAGUAUAUGUACAUUUACAUAGGUUUACAUGCAUAGAGAUAUAUAUAUUAUAUUAUAUUAUAUAUAUAAUAUUAAAAGUAAAUGAUUUAAUGAAGAAACGAGAAUAGAAAUGAUUAUAAGUACGAGACCGGUGAGUGUAUAAUUUUUUGGUUGUACAGAUCUGAGCGUUAUUUCCGAAAUAAUUAUAUUUUAUAUAUUAUUAUUACAUCGCGUCGUCGAUGGUAAAAAACGAUAAUCUUCCAAUGCCGGCAUUGUAUCGAAGAAAAAAAAUCGAAGAACACAAGCGUGAUCGAGGACGUACCGCUUCGUAACGAAGGAAUAGGUUGUGAAAAGAAAAAAAAAAGGAAAA